AUGAAGUACACUUUCAUUUUCUCGGCUCUCUUCGCCGCUGCUUUCGCUUUGCCCACCACUGAGGGCGACCUCGGCAAGCCUACCUGCGACAGCCACGAGACUGUUGUCUGCAGCGACAACGGAAACGGCGGUCUGUUGAGUCUCGGCAACAUCCUCACCGGCCUCCUGGGCGAGAGCUGCUCCGGCGGUGACGUCUACUGCUGCUCUUCAAACGAUGUCCAGAACGGUCUCAUCAACCUGAACUUGGACUUGCAGUGCAGUCUCAACCACUUGCUGUAA